GUUGACUAAAUUUAAGUACAUAUUUAGUAAUUGCUCAAAAAUAAAACUUUAAAUGUAAAAAUAUGGCCUAUAGAACAUUUUAUAACGUAAAAGAAAUAGUGUUGUGUUGCAAAAAAAUGUCACAAUUGUUGAAUGAUAUUAUUGUAAAAUUAGUUAUGUAAAAUUCUUAGUUUGGGGUAAUAGAUGGAAGACAAGGGGGUGAAACCACGACCUCGAUCAAAUUCAGCCAGAAUAUUGGUUUUUAACGAAUCAAAACCUGGGUUUAGACUAGAGCAAAGGCAGAAUUCUUGUGCUGAAUCAUGGAUUUCCCGCAAACAACACUCAGAUACAGAAAAUGGAUCUUCUAACCUAAUACGCAUUCGAAAGUCGGCCUUAGGGAAGUCGGCUCCAUCAUUGUCCUUAAAUAUGAAGGAACUAGGUCCAGUAAAUAGACGGAAUAGCCGGUCAGCUGCAAUUCAUAGGCUAAGUUUUGUUACUAAUACAAGUCCAGUGCUACCUAGAUCUCACUCUCCUGUAUGUGGUAGUCCUAUCGAUAGCCCUAGAACUCACACCAACUUAAAUAAUUUUUCUUUUGCCCCUAUCAAAAGAAUUGUUGCUGGAUAUCGAGGAGAUGGAAGAAGAUGGUCUGUGGCUUCCCUUCCCUCAUCAGGAUAUGGGACAACACCCGGUAGUUCUAAUAUGUCGUCAAAAUGCUCUAGUCAAGAAAGAUUACAUCAGUUACCACAUAUUCCAACUUCCGAAGAUAUUCGAAUAUUAACUCAUCACUUCUCAAGUAACGAAAGUAAUGCGUCCAUACCAAGUGGUGAAGAAACCUCAUCGGUUAGUCAUCGAUCACCCCUUCACAGACCACGGUCUAGGAGUUUAAGUAGUCCGAGUAGAUCUCCAGUUAUAGACAACGAAAUAUGUAUGAUGAACGUAUUAUACAAAGAAAGAUUCCCGAAAGCAACCCAACAAAUGGAGGAAAGGCUAGCAAAUUUCAUCGAAGAAAAUAAAAUUUUAGAUUUUGGAAAAGAUUGUGAUUAUUUACCCAUCGUCCGUUUCGUCCAUCAUCAAGUUUUGGAAAUAGCUAGAGACUGCUUACACAAAUCGCAGAGCAAACUUAUUACCAGUCAGUAUUUUCAUGAGAUGUCUGAGAAUUUGGAAAGGUUAUUAACAGAGACUAGAGAAAAAUCAGAAGGUGCAGCUAACUUAUUGACAAGUUUUAUAAAGAAACUUUUAUUAAUCAUAUCUCGGCCGGCCCGUUUAUUAGAAUGUUUGGAGUUUGAUCCAGAAGAAUUCUACCACUUUCUAGAGGCAGCAGAGGGCCAGGUAAAAGGUGUUCAAGGUAUAAAAGCAGAUAUUCCACAAUAUAUUAUACAGAAAUUGGGUUUAAAUCGAGAUCCGAUAGCAGAACUUCAACAGGAACUACGAGAUUGUAACUGGUCGAAUGAGAACAAGCCAGUAGUUUUGAACACAACUCCCACUAUGAGGAAGACCCUGUGUAAUCCAAACGAACAUGAUUUUGAAGUUGCCAAACUGAUUUCAAAUGGUGCCUAUGGAGCGGUAUACUUGGUGAAGCAUAAACAAACCAGAUUACGAUUUGCAAUGAAAAAGAUCAACAAAAACAACUUAAUGUUGCGCAAUCAGGUAGAACAAGUUUUUGCUGAACGAGAUAUCCUUAGUUUUGCAGACAAUCCUUUUGUAGUCAGUAUGUAUUGCAGUUUCGAGACUAAAAAGCAUCUCUGUCUGGUGAUGGAAUAUGUUGAAGGAGGCGAUUGUGCUAGUUUGUUAAAAAAUAUUGGAGUCCUACCAGCUGAUAUGGCACGAUUUUAUUUUGCUGAGACCGUACUUGCUGUUGAGUACUUACAUUCUUAUGGGAUAGUGCAUAGAGAUCUAAAACCUGAUAAUCUUUUGAUAACAGCACUUGGCCACAUCAAACUUACAGACUUCGGAUUGAGCAAGGUUGGUCUAAUGUCAUUGGCAACCAACUUAUAUGAAGGGUACAUGGAUACGGACUCAAGAAAAUUUUCAGACAAACAAGUCUUUGGUACUCCCGAAUACAUAGCACCAGAAGUAAUCUUAAGACAAGGAUAUGGAAAACCGGUUGAUUGGUGGUCAAUGGGAAUUAUUCUCUAUGAAUUUCUUGUUGGUUGUGUUCCCUUUUUUGGCGAUACUCCGGAAGAGCUAUUCGCACACACAGUGCAAGACGAAAUUGAAUGGCCUGAUAAUGAUGAUUGGCCUGUACAGGAAGAAGCGAAAGAUCUCAUAGUUUCCCUUUUACAACACUCGCCUAGAGAUAGACUUGGAACAGGAGGUGCACAAGAAAUUAAGGAACAUGUGUAUUUCCAUGGAAUAGACUGGAAUUCGUUGCUUAGGAAAAAGGCUGAAUUUAUACCUCAACUUGAACAUGAUGAAGAUACCAGCUAUUUUGACAGCAGAAUAGACCGUUACUGUCACGAACUAGAGGAUGAUACGGAUGACACCGACGAUUCUCCUGUGUUUGGUUUAUUUUCAUCAUGUUCUCCCCAAUAUAAGAAAGUAUCAGAACUAAGUUCUUUGAGCACUGAUACCGAUCCCGAAAAUAAUUACUCAUCGUUGAAAAUGAGCAAUUCUGAUUUGUCGGUCCCUGGGACUCCUGAGAUUGUAGAUUCGAGACCUACAAUAAAAAUGACUGAAAAUUUAGUGCUACGUUCAAGAACAUUCGAAAAGAGGAAACCUGAGAAUAAAAUGGUGUCACUCGAUUUAUCUUGUACAAUAAGUACUCCUGAAUCAUCGCAAACUGACAGUGAUGACGUGUCCCCUCAAAUCAAUAGAAGAAAAAAGACAGCACAUUCAAGAGAAUUUUUACCGAAGUUUUCAAUAUCUGUGGAAGAUGACCAUUGUUGUAUAUCUUCACCUGGAGAAAAUAAAGAAUUUCCGUCCUUGAGUCAAAUAAAAGCUGGAUUAAUUGGACAUUCUUCUAGAUCGGUCGUCCGAAGUGCAAGUACUUCUGGAUUGUCACUUAUGAUCCCAACUGAUUUAACAACAACCACCCAUUUAAUACAUUCACCAGGAGCUGGAGGAAGUUCCAGUACAGCAAGUUCCAGAGAUACUUCUCCAUGUCGUGAGCUUUCUCCUUUGGGAACCACAUUGAAACCGCCUAUAAUUAUACGCCGAGGACCUAAGGGUUUUGGAUUUACUGUUCAUACAAUUCGAGUGUAUUAUGGAGAUACUGAUGUAUAUACAAUGCAUCAUCUAGUUAUGGCUGUAGACGAAGGAAGUCCUGCAUUUGAAGCCGGUCUCCGUCCUGCAGAUUUAAUUACUCACAUUAACGGUGAGACAGUUCAAGGCUUGUACCAUACUCAAGUCCUUCAACUUUUAUUGGGCGGGGCAGAACACGUUAGUCUGAGAGCUACGCCUUUGGAACAAACUUCAAUCAAGACUGGAGGGCGGAAAAGAGAACUAGGCCAAAGUAAAUUGGCGAGAAGGAGCCUAAACAGACAAAAAAAGCAGAAAAAGGAAAGUGAUAAAAGAAGAAAAACUUCAUUAUUUAAGAGAAUUAGCAGUAAAAGAGCUAGUGUAGAAAUGCAACAGAUGUCUGGAACUGCCAUACAAUCUCCAGUAGGUGUAACGCCAAGCAGAAGUUUUCAAUCCUUUACAAGAAGUGCCGACAGUAGCUUCAGUGCGACCGCAGUGAGACCUGUUGCUCCGAGAUCUAAUUUAACUACUUCAGAAUCUUUCUCACUUUCUACAGUUCAAUUUUCUGCUCAGUCCUCUUCAUCAGAAAGUCCUUCUCCAACUACAGUUCCUUCUAACCGUAACAGUAAACAACAUUAUCAAAGGCCUUCCACUUUACACGGCCUAAAGCACAAACUGCAUACUACGGGCUGUCCAAAAUCAUUACAUGGUGCUGGACCCGCCUGUUCUCCGGCUGUACAAAGUAGAAGGAAAUCUGUAGGCCACAUACCAUUAUCACCUUUAGCGCGCACUCCGUCGCCAUCACCUUUACCAGCCUCUCCCACAAGAUCCCCCAGUCCCCUGGCAUUUCCCAUCGGCCAUCAGCCAGGUAGCUCAAAUACAACACAGUCCUACAGUCCAAGUGCUGGCUCUGCUCCGAUAGCUAUAAUAAACCAACCGAAAAAAGGGUUUGCAAGGGCGAAAGGAGGAGAACCUGGUUCCCCAUUAUUGAGGAGAGCACUCUCGCCUGAUAGGUUGCAUCCCAGAAGUGCUGAAAGCAAAUGUUCAAUAUCGCCUCUAUGUUCGUCAGGAAGUACUUGUAGCCCCAAUGUUAAAUGUCAAGGUCGUGUUGUUGGUAGUUCUUCCGUUUGGCAUCCUAAUACUCAACAAGAUCGUGAUAAAGAUUCCGAUUUGGAUACUUCUACUUCAAGCGAAUCAAGCUUAAAUUCGAGUGGCUCAGAGAACCGAUUAUCGCUAAAUUUAUCAGGUGUUGGCGAGUUACUUCCACGGAUAGCUGAAGAGAAGGAUUCUCCAACAAACGGCCAAGAAGUGAAAUUUAAAAAACCCGCGAAAGGUAACGAAGAUAUAUUGAAACUGGAUAACCCAACCGAAGAUAAGACAGAAAAAGUCAGUAAACGGGAUUCAUCCAUUUCAGAUAAAAAUCUUACUAGUAAUGUUGGCUAUAAAGUCAAUGAAUCGGCGAAAAAAGAUUCAGAACAUUUGCAGAAAAAAGAAAGCGUCGUAAAGUGUGAUAUAAGUAAGAAAUUUGAAAAGGAUAAGAAAAAGUUAGAAGAAAUAAACAAAUUGGAAAGAGAAAAGAAAUCUAAAUUAGAGGAAGUUCAAAAACUUGAAAAAGAUAAAGAUAAGAAAGCGAAGAUGGAAGAGAAUCUACUUAAACCGAGCAAAUUAGAAGAAAAAGGACAAGGCAAGAAGGCUGAUAAGUCUGAGGAACUACCAAGUACAGGCGGAAACGAAACUAAAAAAACUAGUGUAACUGAGGAAGCACAGAGUAAACUAGAAAAUAAGAAAUCUGAAAGUGAAACGAAAAAGGCAACAAAUGAGGAAACUAAGCUAAAAACAGAAAAAUAUAAAAAGUCCGGUUAUAGUGAUUUUUCUCAGCAAAAGUUGGACAAAAAAGAUAAUUUAAAAUAAGUGGUUAGUAUAUAGUGUAACACUUGGUUUUAGGUGACUAAAACGUGUAGUAAAUUGGUAACAACAUACACACAUACAAACACUGCCCAUUUUUCGUUUGGAACUAUAAUGUUUAAUGCCAUCUGGUGGUGUGAAAACCUUUAUAUAUGAAACUUUAUAAGAUUUGAAGCUUUAAGAAAAUUUUAAUUUUUUAAAUUUUUUUGAGGUUAGAAAGUAAAUGUGAAUAGUGAAUUCAUCAAUCAUCAUCAAUCAGCCAAUCGCGUCCACUGCUGGACAUAGGCCUUCCUCAAUUCUUUCCAGUGUUCUCUACACUGGGCCGCUUGUAGCCAGUUUCCCGCUACACGUUUAAUGUCAUCGGUCCAUCUAGUCGGUGGUCGUCCUCGGCUUCUUUUAUAAUUUCUGGGCCUCCAUUCCAUAAUACGUCUUGUCCACCGUCCAUCUUGUGUUCUGGCUAAGUGCCCUGCCCAGUUCCACUUAAGCGUCGUGGUUCUUUCGAUGACGUCUUGAACUCCUGAUCUUCGUCUGAUUUGUUGGUUUGUUAUGUGGUCUCGAAGGCUCACGUUCAGCAUUGUAUAGUGAAUUAGGAUUAAGCAAUUCAAAAUACCAUAUUUGUCCCAAAGAAUAUUGUUUUUCUAUUUUUUAAAAGCUUUUUUUCAUGCAAAUAACGUAUUUUGGGUGAGUGAUAUGAUAAAAUGGUCAUUUUGAGGUUAAAGAUUACCAGUUUCGCAAAACACCAGACUGUACUUAGAACUAGUCAGAGAUGAAUAGUUUAACGGCUGGUAAAAUUUUUUAUUUUCAAAAAUUAAAUGGGCAGAAGGAUUCGUAUUCUUUGUAUGUAUAACUUAAAAUUCUUUUUAAUUUAUUUAUUAAAGUUAUAACUAACUAUACAUACAUCUUUAUGUAUAGUUACAGGGGUCUUUUUAGUAUUUCUUUUUAAUAAGUUAAUGCUUGCAGAUAAGUUUUAUCCUUUAUACGCUCUUUAAAUGAAAGCAAGUAUGAUUUAAUAUACAGGAAACUAGCAUAUAUAGUUAAUUUUAGUUAUACAGGAAAAAAACCAAGAUAACAGUAUGAAAAUUACAAUCUGUAUCCAAUUUUCACGCAGUACAGUGAUUAUUAAAAGCUUUUUUGCUGCAGAAAACUGUUGAACUAAAAUUUUAUACAAAAUACAAAAGCUACAAUUUCUUUUGUGAUAUGAGUCAUACUGACUCCGUAAGUUAAGAGUCAGGUUUGAGUGUACGAAGAUGUAUUGGAAAAUCCGUAGAUUACUGCGGAAGCAAACAAAGUUUAAAAGUCAAAAUAUUGUAUUCAAUAUACUCAUGUCUAAAUUGGAUUCAUUUACAACGAACGCCUCUGGAUCUUAAAAAAAAUGUCUUCGUUGAAAAAAAAAUUUACUACCUUUUUCACUUUUUUUUUAGUUGAGGAAAAACAUAAUAGUCGGACGGAGCCAGAUCUGCUACAUAAGGGGUGUUCGAGUAAUUAGAACUCCAAAAUUAAGAGUCAUGAUUUGUGUUCAAGGGCAUUGUCCUGCAAAUAUAAUUAUAAUCAAAGCAUAACCAAUAAGAAACAAGCAAGGUUCAUUGUAUAUUCUGUCCAUUCUAUUAAUGCGCAACAUUCUUCUGUAACCUCUAUUUUUUAAAGCAUGGUAUUUUGUAUGGCCCCUGUUGUUGUUCCAUAGAGCAACACAGAAAAACAACAGAUUUAUAUCGAACCAUGAAUAAUUCUUUUGUACUUGAAGCAAGCUAUUCUUGCUUGUGCAAAGCGACCCAAGAAAAUUAUAUUUGUAAUUCUUUGAAAUGGUGCACCGUUAAUUUGUAAGUUGCCAUCAAGUACCUUCUAUUUUCUUUUCUUGGUGUUUACCUUCAGCCAUAUUAAUGUACCAAUGUAUUGUAAUGUCUGUUCAAAAAAUGUACUAAAUGUAAUUCUUUUAUUGUGCUAGAACGUGUACACUGAAUAGUGCGUCCCUUGAUUCUAAUCGAAUUUUAUAUUCAAAUUGGCACUGCUUAUCGUUUUGUCCAGUUAAUUAAGUUCUGCUGAAUUACCUGCAGAAUACUUUCAAUACAUCACUUAUUAGGCUGAUAGUUGUAUAAUCUCGACACACCUUAGGAAAGUUUUUUAAAAAACAUUUACGAUAACCACCAAAUGAUGUUGUUUGGAUUAGUAUUUUGUAAUAAAUUUUAUUCUUUAUUUAUGUUGGUUGGAAAAUAGUUUUAGCAUAAGUGGCUGUGACCAAAUAUGCUUCAUUUACUGAGAUAAAUUCUUGUUUUUUUUUUGUAAGGAUGAAAGUUUGAUAAGGAUAAAACCUUCGUGUUUCUUAUAAGUUUAUAUUGUCUUCUGGAUAAAUCGGCUCCUAUAAGCAGACUGAGCAUUAAGUGUGGAUAGCUUUUGACCUUUUUUCUUUAAACUACUACUAUAAACUCCUUUGUACGUAUAACCUUUUUUGAAAACAAGUAAUACUGAUUGUAAUUGUAAUUAUAACAAGGAUAAAAACUUUUGUUUGUUUAUCUUACAGCGCAUUUACAUGGUGUCUCUGUUUCGUACGUUGAUGAAUUCAUCAAAACGCAAGAUAAACAUAUUCUUUGCAAUUUGCCUAGUUAUCUUUAAACUAACAUUUUGAAAGGCAUGCCUCAAUCGUCAAUUGUUGUGAUCAGAUGAGCGUAUGCAAAUGUUCCAUUCUGUGGAAUUAACACCGAGGAAAUUCAAAAUGAACGAAACUAUUCAAAAAUUAAAAAUAUAAUAAAUUUAUAAAGCAACACCGAAAUAAUCAUUCUACAAAUAGCUUUUGCUCUGCGCAUGCCUGUUUCAUGGCGUACGCAGUUGCAUGCCUCUAGAUAUAUGCAUGAAGUUCGACCAACAGAUGCACCGUGUAGAUGCGUCAUUAAUAUUAUAUUUGUUUCUACAGGCAGACAAAGCAUAAGCUUCUCUUUUAUCUUAUAAAAUGAACGUUCCUAGUGGUUUACUGUAUACCAUAAUUUAGAAAAAUUUACAAGGAAGUACAAAACUUUGUUGGAAUUGGUAUACUUCAUCCGUGGAUAUUUGAACAUUUGCAAAAAUACACUUACAAUUCGGUUUAAACCCUUUGGUUUACAUGUAAAAUGUUAUAUAAGCUUUAACAUUUAAUAAAACAUAUCGAGCUUAUGAAUUUCACUAAAAGGGAACAUAAUAAGCCCUUACUCAACAAUGGCGAACACGUCUAGAUCCAGCCAAAGUUACCAGCCAACUGAUAAGACCCCGGUUUUCUGAGUAAGACCUAGAAUAAGACCGAAAUCGUUAUCAUUUUUAUUAAUCCUUCUGGAUAAUUUUGUUAUAAAUUAAAUAUACCAAUCACACAAGAAGUUUUAUACUUCCUUGUAACUUUUUCAUUUUAUAUUUUUUUAUCAAAAGAAGUUUUAUCUUUGUAUAUGUAUAGGUGUAUGAAAACGUUUAGUAUUAUAGGUUGAAUGUUGAUGUGAGGUAGCUAUUACAAUAUUGAAAAAUAUUUAUUUCAUAUGUGUUAAAAUAACGUGUGAUAAAUGGUAAAGAAUAGUAUACUUUUGAUAAGGAUGAGGUGCCGCGUCCCAUACCCUUUAACGAACAUUUUGAAGAAUUUUCCGCUAAGCACUGGAAAAUAUGGAAGAACGUAAAAGGGUUAAGAAUCAACAACUUACGGCAUAUAGAUAAUAUAAUACUCUGAUUCAGAUGCGGGUCUCCAGAAUUUGCUGUGUAGCGUAUCGAUAAUAUGCUACUUAAUAUACAUAAAACUAAAAUUAUGGUCAAAUCUUCUUUUCAGAUAUUUCAUAUAAACAAUUUUGACAGUAAUUGUUUAACAGCUGUUCCACAUAUCUCUUAAGUAUCGCCAAACCUACUUCACAAGCCGUGUAUAUUUGACAACGUUGCAAUGGCGGUUUAAGGUGUAGGCCGAUUUGCCGUGAUUUGAUAUGUCAAAAUGUGACAAUUUUCAGAAAUGGCCAUUUUAAAAAUAUCAUAAAACUUGACCCGUAACUGCUAACAGGCUAAUAUUUUGGCUUAGGUGUGUAAAAAGCUAUAGUCAAUUCCAUAUUUCCUUAAUCCUAUUUUAGGCCAUAAAAAUUUUUUGAGUUGAGACGUUCUUUUAAAAAAAUGUGGUCGGUGUUUGGAGAUAAUUUACUUCUUUAUUCAAAUUGUAUUACAAGUGUUUUACAAGUAUAUAUUUAUUUCUAAAAAAUAAGAAGAAAUAGCUAUAGUGUAAAAACUAAAAAACACUGUCAUUCUGCAGUAAAUUAUAGUUAAAAAACUACUUAUCUUCAAUUGAAAAUUAAUUCUUUAAAUAUCCAUAAUACACUCUCUUCAUUGUUUUUGACAACUCUACCCCUGAAUCCUGGAAACUUUUAUAAUCUGAAAUAAUUCCAAUUGGAUUUAUUUUGUUAAGAACGUCAUAAAUCGAAGUAAUUUGUAGAUAGUUGGGUUCAAAAAUUCCAAAAGUUUUAAUAAUUUUCCAAUAUACUGACAUAACUUAAAAGAAUACUACAACUCAUUUUAAACAUAACAACUUUUUUAAAGACUGACACAACUCAAAAUAAUGCAAUAUUCUUCACAGAAUGUAUUGUAUUAUCUUAUUGUGUUUUUGAGAAAGGAUGGCAUAUCUUAUGACAAUAUUGUAAAAAAUGUCGAACCAAUUUUUCGAUUAACAAUAACGGCACUUUUUCCAUCUGACGGCCAUAGGUAUAAACUAACUGUAUGUCGUUAUCACACAAAAACAUAGAAUAUUUGAAAUCUGUUCACUAAAAUAGUCCAUUUUUCCCUUUUUUGAGAUAUGGCGGUCUUCUAGGUCUAUUCUUGUGGAUCUAUGGAAAUAUAAUAUUUAGUCGUGCUUACAACAACCUCAAAAUCAGGUACAUGAUUUAUGUGAUUGUGGUGGCCUUAAGCAACUAAGGCCAUCUAGUCAUCCAUCUUUAGUUCACUUACAAAGAACCACUUUACGUCAUUUGCUCACACUUUAUAACACCUACUUCAACGGAUGACCGCACUGGUCUAGAACCACUGCCAGCAUCAAAACCCCUUUCAGCAUAAAGAUUUAAAAAUAAAAACUUCUUGAAUAAAAUGUUUCUCACAUUCAGCUGUUUUGUCAUUUGACACCCAGUGGCUUCUUGGAGUAGCUGUUAACCGUUUCCCUCUUAGCAGGAUCCUGCUAAUGUAGAGUCGUGUGUAUGCUUGUAUAUUUUUGAAACCAAUUUUCAUUAGAAAUGAUUAUCUACAAAUUUCAAGGUUUAAUGUAGAUAAAUCACAAAAACAUAACUUACCGUACAAUGCAAACUUUGAUAAGCUGUUAAACAUGCCUUUUUUAUUAACGUUUAUUCGCAACAUGAUAAACAAAAAGUACAUCCUUUGUUAUUUUCGAUGCAUUUUUGUUAAAUUUUUCGGGUGUAAAAACAAUAUUAAACAUUCAAACUUUAUAGGUAUGUUAUACCUUGUCUUUCUUUAUAUGUGAUAACUAGGAAUUAUGUAUGCUUUUUUUAAAUACGUUUUAUAUAUUUAAUUGGAAAUUUUCAAGAAAGUCAACGCUUUUUGUGUGAUUUAUAUAAUUAAAUACAUAUUUGUUGUGAUUUUUUUCUAAUUUAUUUCAUUUUAAAUAAACGAGUGUUGAUUUAAAAUCGUAAAAUGUGAAACAUACUGUUGAUGAUACAUGGUGAGUAGGAAAAAAUCGCCAAAUUUCUGGAGUUUAAAAUAAAAAUAAUUCCAAAUUUGAAUGGGUUUAUCCAACUUUGGUAUUUUCUAUCAAGGGAUAAUUUUUCCUAAUCAAGGAGUGUAAACUAUUAGUAAUUGUAAUCAACCAUAAUUUUUGUUAAAAAUAUGUUUCAUGUUUCGAUUUCCACUGUGUACUUUUUCGAUUUCCACUUAUUUUAUAUUUGUCCUCUUUCUUUAGUUUUAAUCAUUUUUUGAACACCUAGUGUUGGUCUUAGACAUUUAGGUCUCUGUUCUUUUCAAUGACUUACUCUAUUAAGUUCUCGUUUCAUUUUUUUAUGUCGCGUUUUAGUUCUUUUCUUCUUUUUCGGCUUCCCAUUUUUGAGUUCGCUGUUAUCGUCUCCACAUCACUAGUAUUUUCCCAGUCACAUAGGGUCCCAGUACAAUAUUCUUUUCUACCACCUGUGCUCUGGCUUUCUUUGUACAUUAAGCAACUUAAAUUGGAUUACAGUCUAACUAGCUGUUACCUCACACUCUCGUAUACAUUAUUUCUUGUUGCAAUAAUCUAUUUGGCUUUCUAAUUUUAACAUGUAAUAACUGUCUUCAUAAUGUGGUGCUACUUUUACUAUUAAACAUAGGCUCAACCUCAUUUCUACUUUCAAAAACUAGUCUCUAAUAUCUCUACAUAACCGCUUCUUAUUUGAACUCGUAUCCAUUAUAAUCAUCUCCAUUAUUGCUCCCUCUUCUGUCGGAACAUCUAAAGUAUGUAUCCUAAUAUUGAUAGUAGAAAGUUUUUCUUUCAUCCUAGUCGCGAUAUUUCUAGUGCUACUUUUCAUUACAUUCGCACUAUGAUUUAGAUAGUCAUUUUUUAAUAUAAAAAAUUUGAACACGUAUUGUAAAUAUGUACCUACUAGCUUCAUACUCUUACAGACUUCCAAGAAAAUAUCUUCAUUUUAUAAACCUGCAAUUUGGUUUCCCUGAAUUAUCUUUUAUCUAGAUAUCUGAACGAAUAAUGUCUAAUUCCAAAAUAUUUUACCAUAAAUGAUGACCAUUUUUGUCGAUAUUAUGGCCUAAAACGACUACUAAACGGCUUUUUUUUACUUUUUUUGCAACAGACUCAGCAGGAUUUUUCUAAUGUAACUAAAGUUCAAUAUAACCAUAUCAGUCGGCAACUAGGAGGCACAAAUUUAAAAUGCCUACAAAUAUUACGUUGAAGGUAUUUAACAAAAAUUAAAAUAUGUAUUAAAACAAUGUUGGAUUAAACCAAGUUUGGAAUAAUUUUUUUAUAAAACAUUUUUCCUCACUCACCCUGUAUAAAUUACAUCACAUAUGUUGUUAAUUUUAAUUUAAAUAAUCUUUAUGUAUAUAAAAUUGCUCUUUUUAAAAAUAAAUAGGAUAGUCUAACUGCAUUUUUUAGUCACUAUAAAUGUUUUUUGUUUGUGUAAAUACAUAAAAAAAUUGUUAAUGGAUUCUUCCAGAAGAAGUAAAUUAUCACUGUUCGUAAUAUACCCCACUGAUGU